CACCCCGCCUCCCCUCCCUCCAUCUCUCUCCAAUGGCCGACGCACUCUCCUUCCCCGACCUCCCGCAGGAGAUGGUGCUCGACGCUGCGCAGCUGCACCACAACCGCGCGCGCGAGGCCGCGCGCCGCCGCGUGCGCGCUACCAUGCCCCCCAUACCCGAGAUGCGUUUCGAGCAGGCCUACCUCCGCAGCCUGAUGCCUGCGCUGCGCGGCGAGCACGACGUGAAGGCCGAGAUCGCGGGCGGGCGCGAGGUGGCCGUAGUGUGGAAGAGCGCGGCGUGGAUCACGCUGCGGGAUCAGGUCAUCUCGCCGUUCCUGCAAGGCGCGUUCUGGGGCAUCCUCUCGCUCGUCGCGGGGUCCGUCACCGGCGCAUUGCGCGCAUCUUGGGGCGCGUCAGGGAAGCAGAGGCUCAACCGCGUCGCGGGCGGCGGCGACGACCACUCGUUCCGCAAGUCCGUAGCCGGCGGCGCCGAGACGGCCGCCGCGCUGCACUAGCGCACGUUUUUUCCAACCCAAUAGACCCUAUUUCGUAUGCAUUGUACUCUAUUCCUG